UUUUUCUUGUCCCUACGUGUUACACCGAUUUUAAUUUAAAAAUAACCAAAAACUGUGUCUUAAUUUAUUUCAUAUUUAAUUAAAGAAUUAAUUUUAGAUAUAGGUAAUUUAUAAAAAUGCCGACCAUAUCAGUAAAACGAGAUGCACUUUUCGCAGCAUUAGGAAAAUCAUACACUGAUGAAGAGUUCCAAAAUUUGUGCUUUGAAUUUGGAUUGGAAUUGGAUGAAGUUACAUCAGAGAAACAGAUGCUAAUUAAGGAGCAAGGAGACCAAGCUGGAGUGGGUGUCUCAGAAGAAAUACUGUACCGUAUUGACAUUCCUGCAAAUAGAUACGAUCUGCUGUGCCUUGAAGGACUUGUUAAUGGAAUUCUAGUAUUCCAAGGAAAAAAAAACCCACCUUUGUACAAAACAAAGAAAUAUGAAGACUGCUAUUCUCUUCAUCUGACUCCGGCUACUGCACAAAUCAGGCCCUAUGCUGUUGCAGCUGUUCUGAAGGGUGUUACAUUCACUAAAGAAAGUUAUAAUUCUUUUAUUGAUUUACAGGAUAAACUACAUCAAAAUAUAUGUAGAAAGAGAACCCUGGUGGCGAUUGGGACUCAUGAUUUAGAUACUAUUCAGGGGCCAUUUGUGUAUGACGCUUUACCACCUCAUGAAAUAAAGUUCAGAGCAUUAAAUCAGACCCAGGAAAUGACGGCUCCUGAACUAAUGGAAUUGUAUUCUAGUCAUGCCCAACUGAAACAAUAUUUAAACAUUAUCAAAGACAGUCCGGUAUACCCUGUGAUCAAAGACAAGAAUGGAGUAGUUUUGUCUAUGCCACCCAUUAUUAAUGGUGAACGCUCUAAAAUAACUCUUAAUACAAAGAAUGUGUUCAUUGAAUGCACUGCUACUGAUCUUACUAAGGCAAUAAUUGUAUUAGAUACAAUAGUAUGCAUGUUUUCUGAAUAUUGCAGCAACAAGUACGAAAUACAGCAAUGUAAAGUGUUCGCUCCAGAUGGUACAUACGAACUGUACCCACAACUACAGUACAGAGAAGAAACAAUAAAUGUUGAAAAAGCUAACAAGUAUAUUGGAAUUAGUGAAAGCGGUUCACAGCUAGCGUCGCUGUUAUCGCGCAUGUGUCUUGUGACGUCACAGGCAGAGGACGAGUUACGCGUGCGCGUGCCGCCCACCCGCCAUGACGUCAUCCACGCCUGCGACCUCUACGAGGAUAUCGCCAUUGCUUAUGGCUACAACCGGAUAGAACGUCGCGCGGCGCACACAGCAACAGCAGGUGCGCAGGCGCCGCUUAGCAAACUCAGCGAGGCGCUGCGCCGCGAGUGCGCGCACGCGGGCUACACGGAGGCGCUCACCUUCACUCUCUGCUCAAGAGACGAUAUAGCGACUAAGCUCGGUGUUAAAAUCGAAGAUGUACCUGCGGUUCAUAUUUCCAACCCCAAAACAUUAGAGUUCCAAGUUGUUCGAACAGUGCUUUUACCAGGCCUCUUGAAAACUCUCGCUGCUAACAAGAAAAUGCCACUGCCACUCAAAUUGUUUGAGAUAAGUGAUGUCGUGCUGAAGGAUGCAAAUGCUGAGACGGGCGCGCGUAACGAGCGGCGCCUGUGCGGCGUGUACUGCGGGCGCGCGGCCGGCUUCCAGCUCGUGCACGGGCUGCUGGACCGCGCCAUGGCGCUGCUGCGGGCGCCCUGGCACCGGCAGCGCGGCUACUACCUGCGGCAGUGCGACGACCCUGCCUAUUUUCCAGGCCGAUGUGCCGAAGUUUUGCUCCAUAAUCAAGUCAUUGGAAAAAUUGGAGUGAUUCAUCCAAACGUUUUAAACGCAUUUGACCUCACAAAUCCAUGCUCUGCAGUUGAAAUUACCAUUGAACCAUUUCUAUAAACGUGAUUAAAUUCAUAUUAUUGUGACGAAUUUCUAUAUUAUGUGUGCCACUGGGUCACGUUUUGUAAAUAUGUCAUGGUUUAGCGUCACCCGCGUUCUUUGUUUUAGGAUUAUUUGCUCUGAUAACAGUUAUUUACAACUUAAUUAUUGAUAUGUUGUUGAUUUAAGGAACAAAAAAUAAACUUUAUUAAAUAUUUAAA